CAGUAUUUUACACGGAAGUCCAAUUAUGGUAUUUGUUCCUCUAUCAGAUCCGUAUUUUAGUUGUUUUUUUUUUCCUUAGAGAUUCUUUGAAAUAAAAAAGUCGAGAGAAAUUGCAGAAACAAGUCAGUGGUGUGAUGAGACAGCAGCUUCUAAAUGCCCCCCGCUUCCCUCCUACCCUUGUUGCGCGUGCCUGCAUGCGCGCGGAACAGUUUUAUGGUAAAUAUCACGGGAAGGUCUCAGCACCUUCUCAUUGGCUCAGGAGUCAGAGAGACCCUGUCUUUAUAAAGCCGGAGUGCCUGAUCCACAAAGACCCCCUUCCCUGCUGGCGGAGCGCUGAAAGGAGAACGCGUUUAGGGUUUUUACGCACGGAGGGCUUGGAGAGGAAGCGACCAGAGCCUCUGUUUUUAUUUCUAAAGGACAAAAGAGUUUACAUCCAACAGAUAAACUGUGAGCUGAGGUGUCUGAGUGGGCAUGUGGUUACUGGAGAAGCUCCGCAGCUCCGUGGAGAGCAGUGGGACCCAUUCCCAGCCCCCGCAGACAGCAGAGGCCAUUCCAGUCGCUGUCUACGCCAACGUGUUAACUCCAGAAAGGAUCCCCGAUUUCUUCAUCCCCCCCAAACUUAUCUGCUGCCCCCCAGAGGAGUCCUCCAGCCCGGAGGCGAAGCACCGCUCCCCUCUGAGACCCUCCUCUUCCGACCACGCCAUCUGCAGCAAGAGCCCCAGGGCUCGGAGCAGCAAGAGCCCCUGCAGCCCCCGCCUCUUUGCCCGCAACCUCCAGAAGUCAGCCAACCGUCACAUCAUCCAGAUCGAGAGCGCAGAUGAGCCGGGCUCCGGGGCUGCGGACAAGCUGGGCGUCGGCGUCAACACCAACGCUGACCCCCAGUCCCAGACUGCCAUGUCCCUGCCGUACGUCCCCAAAGCCCAAACCUCGUACGGCUUCUCCACUCUGAUGGAGUCCCCCCACACCCGCCGCAAGGAGAGCCUGUUCCACAGUGACCCCAACAGCCCUCUCACCUCCCCGAACUCGCAGAGGCGUUCUCAAGGGGGGACUCUGCUGGCCCCGGCGGACCCCAACCCCUACCGCUAUUUCAGUGGCGGUGAGAGCGACACCUGCUCUUCGGCGGAAUCCUCCCCUUUUAACUCCCCGCUCCUGUCCCGAUCCGCCUCCCUCCUCCGCUCCAUCACACAGGAGACCCAGGCCAAGGUGUCCCGCGCCAAGCGUUCCCUGGCCCGCCACAGUUCCCUCUCCACCGAUGAGUGCAGCUCGGCAGACAACAGCCCCAAGCUGCAGCGGCGCCGCGCGCGCUGCCCGCCCUCCCCGGCCUUCCGCGGCAGCAAAGCCGGGGCCCCCCGGGGCGCGGCGCCGGACCUCCUGCAGCGCCAGCACACCGUCAACCUCCACAAGGGGGGGACACUGAGGCUGAGCACCCACUACGACCCGGAGGCCGCCAGGCUGAGGGUGCGCGUGCUCGCCGCCGAGGCCUUGUACGACAGGCAGACGGACCCGAAGAACAUCAACUGCUGCGUGGCGCUCUACCUGAACCCGGGGAAGCAGCAGAAGCAGCGGAGCACCAUCAUCAAGAACAGCCGGAACCCGGUGUUCAACGAGGACUUUUUCUUCGACGCGCUGCCCCAGGCGCAGGUCAAGAGUCUGGCCAUGAAGAUUAAGGUUGUGAACAAAGGGACCAGUCUGAAGAGAGACGUGCUGCUGGGAGAGAGGGAGGUGCUGCUCAGCGAGCUGCUUGCGGCCCUCUAGGGAGCCCCUGUCAAGGCGGCGGUGAAAGCGAGUACAGCUCCGAGGCAGUAGACCCCCCCCCCCCUCCCUCCUCUGUGGUGACCUUUUUAUCCCCACUUCACAGAUCUGACAAGUACUGGAGAACAGGAAGCAUACUGAUGAAUAGGUGUACCCUGCGCACCGGCUGUGUGUCAAUUAAGUUCAACUUUAUCUGAUUCUCAUUAAUGAGUUUGUUAGUCGGAACAAACAAAACGACAAACCAACAAGCUUUGAAUGCUCAUAAUGAAUGGCAGAGCUGUGCUUCUGUUGUUUCUCAUUAAAUGUUCAGUUCCACGAUCAGCGUUUUGGAUGUUUCAAGUCUCCUCAGCUGUUUUUGCUAAAACGAUCAUGUAUUUUUGUAUGAAAUCUUUGCUCUGUAGAGUUUUGCAUGUGACUGCAUGGACUUCUUUUGUGGAACUUGGAUUUUGUGACUGUUUUGUAAAUAUGACACCUAUAUUGUAAUAUGUUUCAGAGUAUUUAAAUAAAGAACAGAAAACAAAACAAAAAAAAAACUUUGCUAUUGCAUGUUAUUCAUCCACACUUUUUUUCUCUUCCAAUAACUCCUGGGGAUUGAGGAAAAUCUCUAGAAACGAUUAUAAAGCCUCUUUUUCUGUGGCUCCCUCACAGCUUCCUGGGAUUUUUCUGAGGCAGGUGAAAAGGCUGAGUGUCAUUUGUACUUGUGUGCAUGCAAUAUUGUCUCUGUGAGCAUUCAAACUCCCUGUUUAAUUAAAAAAACCACACAUCCAA